AUGCCAGUCCGUGUCAACCAACGUGCUGUUGAGGCGCGGGAGCGCAAGGCGGCGGCAGCAGCAGCAAAAGCGGCAGCAGCAGAGCAGGAAGCUGAACGGAAGAAAUGGGAAGACAACGAUAAACUGGUCUCUCGCAAGCUGGACAGGAAAGCAGAGACCCAAGCAAAAGCCGAGGAGCGUAUGCAACGAAAGUUGGAACUUAGGAAAUUGGCAGAAGAGGAAAUGAAGGCUCUCGCGGGGAACUCAACGAAGAAGAACCAGUCCCCGACGAAGCUCACGCGGGCGCAGAUCUUACAGCGGCAGUUGAAAGCUGCAGCGAUGGAGAAAGAGGCUUCAUCACCUUCGGAUGAUGGCUCUCUGGCGCGGCUUGAGCCGAACAUCAACCACAUCAUGAGGGCGGAAACUCUGCAGGCCCAGCUGGAAGGCAGAGACAUCGUGUCUGCUUCAAAUCUUGACGAUGCUCUGAGCCAGCUGGCGGUUGCGGACUCGCCUGCGGAGGACAGGCACCCGGAGAGGCGAAUGAGAGCAGCCUACAGGGCAUACGAGGAGCAGAUGAUGCCGAGGCUGAAAGCCGAGAACCCAACGCUCAAACGUUCGCAGUUGCUAGAGUUGCUUUCAAAACAGUGGAAGAAAGCGCCAGAGAACCCGUUGAAUCAGGCUUGCUGA